AUGGCGGCCCGUCGGAGCUCCGCGGUAACUGCCGCUUCUGUCGUGUCGGAGCUGGAGGAUAUUUUCGAGGCUGUGUCCAAUGAUGAGGCAGGUUCAUUUGAUCUGGAGAAGGUGUUGUCCAGUACUAAGGUGAAAAACGCUGUUCAACGAGGGAGCAAGGAGGUCCUGAACACACUCAUAACGCAGUUCCCAUGGCUUACCCCAGCGGACACUAUCGGCGUGCGGAACAGGCAGCUUCUGAACGAGCUGUUGACGGCUGGGGCCUCUGUUGGUAUACAGCAUGCCACUGAUGUAAUAUCAGCGUUGGUUAAUGAAGCGAUACUUCUGGUGGAUCCUACUGUGGAGGGUAGUGCUAAGAAGACGGCCAAGGUCCGAGUGGUCCUCGGCAAGGCUACCUUCCCUGAUCUGGCUGCGGUCCGUGCGAGAUGCCGACAGAUGUUGAAGGAAUACGAUGUCAACGAGUUGUUGUCUGAUGAGGACCAGAACAUCAUGUUGCAGCUGUUGAGGUAUCACCCACGUAAGAUAGCCCAUCACUUGGGAGAGCCUCCUCGAGCUGAGCCAUUGGAACUCCAGGAGGUUGUGGAUGCAGUGAAUGUUGUAUUUGUGGGAUACAACGAGAACCACGACUGUCGGUCCUUCUUCGUGCAGUGGAAAUCGGACAUGUCUGCUGAAGAUUUCUCCUACGUUCAGUGUGUGCAACAUUUCCCACUGCCGACCACAGAGGCACUGGAACUGAUUACCGAUUGCCUGGUAGAGGUUGCUGGGUCCUCAGUACCCCGUGUUGAGAUCAGCAUGGGUCAGCUUGUGGCGAGGAAGAUGCCGUUCAGGAUGAAACCACUGGACACACUGAGGAUGUACACCCGGUUCUGUUUCAAGUUGUGUAGGAAGGCUAAGAGGCCUCAUCUCAUACAUAAGAAUAUUCUGACGGCCGUUUUCGAGAGACUCUGUGAGAUGGACCUCGAGACUCAGACCGACAGUGAUGGGGAUAUCGCCUUUACAGAAGCCGCGGGUAAUCCCCGUUCGGAAGAGGACAUGGACCUUAUGGCGCAACGGCUUGAUGCGCUUAUGACUGAGUGCUUCCGGUUUUUCCACAAUACUUUGAGUGUAUCUAGUGGCGAUGCAGCAGCGGGCGAGGCACCGAGCGGUCAAGACAACAGACUGGUUUCUUAUGUACUGGGACAUUUCGAGGAGGUGGUCUUGAGGACCCACAAGACCAAAUAUGUGCAGUACUUAGCGUACUAUGUGUCUUCUUUGCAUAUCAAAUACGCCGAGGCCUUCAUAUGUAUCCUCCUGAAGAGAUUGUAUGGAGAGACUACUGAGGACGAUGUGGAAGGGUCGAAUCAGCAGUCCUCAAGCAGCCCUAACAGCAACAGCACUGGAUCGGUCAGUCUACGAGAUGAGGAUAAACGCCCGCACUUGACCGGGCUCAACAGCGGCAUGAGAGAUGACUUUAGGCGACGACUGUGUGGUGAAUACCUCGGUAACUUCUGUUGUCGCGCUACCUUCCUCCCUGACUCUUACAGUCAACAGACACUCAAGUUCAUGUUGGAAUUCGUACAGCAACAGGAGGAGCCGCUCAAUUUCGACACUUGCGUCCUCAUAGUAGUGGUCGUUCAGAGUAUCUGUUAUAUGCUGUGCUGGAAACUACAGGCAUGGGCUGCAGAAGAGAGCUCAGAGUUUUUAGAAGCUCUUUUCGAUAAGAACUCUCACAAGUCGCUGGUGUAUACUCUGACGGUCCAGCCCAAGCUGCUCGACUUUGUGGCUCCUCCUCUGCUACAGCAGUUGGCCAGAACAGUGGCAUCGGUCCCAUGCGCACAACCAUUAGGGGUUCUUAUAAUGGAGGCAUUGGCUCAUCAGUAUGCCUCUAUGAAUCGGGGCCAACCAGUGGACGGGAUCCCGCCGAGCCCUGAUCCGGAGGCCAGCGAGUUCAACUUCCAGAACCUGAAUUGGAAGGAGUUCGAGAGGAAGGUCAUGGCCCAGCGUCGAAGCUCUAUGCCGGUGGCACCUGGAUCGAUCAACUUGGCGCAGCGGCUUCAACCGGUUUACCCCUUUGAACCCUACAACCUCCGACAUUCCCAGCAUUUCAUCACCGAGAUCUAUCGUGAAUGGAGUGAUGUGUCCGAGGUUGAUGAUAGCACUGUGGAGUCGGCCGUGUUGGGUAUGGUACCUGCUGGAGCUCUUGGACUGCCCAAGGAGAAAGCUGCUGAGGAGCUGCUUACGUUCAUGUGGAAGGAUCCGGUGUCCAGCGAUGCAGACGACGAUGCGGCCUCAGGGGCCUCGGAUGACUCUGAGAUCAGCUUGGCUGGUGAGAUCGACCAUGGUGGGUAUUCAUCUAGUGCUACUGAUGAGGAGAUCACUUACAACCCUCAUGCGAGGGUGGCAACUCCAGGGCUCCGGAAAGCAGGCUUUGCCAAUACCCUACAUGCCCCGACCAAUACGGAUCAUGGUUCCGGCAAGGAAGGACAUGAUCGCCCAACCAUUAUCGUCACGCCGUCGCCAGCAUUCCACCCAGGACACGUACCAGAUGUACCCCGACCUCGACGGAAUUCCAACCUGGAUCAGCCCUCACCUAAGCGUCAGAGGCUUAUGUCUAUUGAUGAGGAUGAUGAACUAUACGACAGUUCGAUCCCUCUGCUGCCGCCGGCCACAUUGGUUGCUGGUGAUGACUCGUCAGCUAAUCAUUGGGAUGAACCUGAUUACGAUGAUGAGGAUGAGUUUGAGAUGGAGGAUACGUUGGCCAACAGGGUACUCCUUAGUGUUAUGGGCAGCAGGGCUUUCCGGAGCAGCACAUAGCCUUAUAGUAGCUCUAGGACUAUUACUAUCACGUACCAACCUAAUA